AAAGAGGCAUUUGUGUAAUAAUUCAGUGACAUUUACUACAGUGUAAUAAUGACAUAUGUGUCAAAUAUAUUGGAUCUAGUAUCUAUUAUAGUCCAAUAAUUACAUGCAAAACAGUGUAAAAAUUAUAUUUAUGAAGGGUUUAACAUGUUUUUUUUAGUGUGUGUGUGUGUCACUGCGCGGACAGGAAUGUUGUGCGUCACAAAACACACAAACACACACAGGUUUGGUUUUGUGAUCAGCGACCUCUUUCUCUUUAAUGAGGUGAUUGAUGAGCCUGUGUGUGUGUGUGUGUGUGUGUGUGCGCGUGUGUUUUAUGUGCAUUGCCGAUGACGUCGGUGGAUGAAUGGGGGCGGGGCUUCGUCUGACUGGGACAAAGACGACGGGGGGUCAUUAAACACACACACACACACCUCCCCUCUGAACGAUGUGAACCUCCGUGGCACCACCCCCUUCCACAGGAAAUCGUUGCUCACGACAAUGCGGUCGCCGUGGUUACUGUUUACGAUGAGGCGGGACAACCGAGGUCAGAGGUUACGAGGGUGUGAGAGAGAGAGGACAGUGAUCUUCAGAAUCCUGAAGGAGGAAGAGGAGGAUGACGAUGCUCCACUGACCAUUGACCUGGUCACCAUAGCAACAGGACUGAUGCUUGAGGGUACUUUAGCAGUAUAUGCUAGAACCAGUGGGACCCUGGAACCCCCUCAAGGACCGUGGGUACGAAAUGAAAGAUGCUGGAACCCCCUCAAGGACCUUGGGUACGAAAUGAAAGGUACUGGAACCCCCUCAAGGACCUUGGGUACGAAAUGAAAGAUACUGGAACCCCCUCAAGGACCUUGGGUACGAAAUGAAAGGUACUGGAACCCCCUCAAGGACCUUGGGUACGAAAUGAAAGGUACUGGAACCCCCUCAAGGACCUUGGGUAUGAAAUGAAAGGUACUGGCACCCCCUCAAGGACCUUGGGUAUGAAAUGAAAGGUACUGGAAUUCCAAAAGAGAUCUUGAAUCAUCAUAAAUGUCUUGGAACGUCAAGGCCUGCACCGGCUCCUGGUGGACCUCUGGAUCCGUCUCACGGACCCCAGGAAGUGAUUAAAAAGCCAUUAGUUAUUUGUGAAUGAACUCUUUCGCAGGUGAAACUUUGCCUCUGAUUGGUUGAUAUUUGUGUGUCUUUCUGCCGUUUCCACACACAGAUCUUCUACCUUUGUCUCGUGUGUGUUUGUGUGUGUGUGUGUGUGUGUGGGGGGGGGGGAGACCCGUCGUCGGGGGUAACAGGAGUAAGAAUGUGUGACAUCACGGCGCCCAGCGGUACUUAAGGCGGUGUGCGAGGUGGUGGAGCAGCGACCCGUCCUGACACUGAGACAGGACAGACACAUAAUCAAUAACUCUAUCGGAUCCCAUCGAUCGAAGUCACAAGAUCUCCAGAUCUUUGUUGGAAUAUUUCUUCUCAUCUUUCUGAGAUGGCCGCUUCAUCCUCCUCCUCUUCCCUCCUCCUCCUCCUCCUCCUCCUCGCUGUCUCCGUGGAGGCCAAACCUUUAAGUCAACGAGACAACAAACAGAAUUUACAGUCUCUAUUCGGUUAUCGCCUCUCUUCUCUCAUCUUGGCCUCUCCCACCGCUGAUGACAUCACAGAGGGCUCAGCCGGAGGCCCCGCCCCCUCCUCUGCCUCCACGGGAUUGGCUGUGAGUCGGAGCCGGAGUGGAUUGGCCGGCAGCGAGCAGGAGGCGGUCCCUCGGCUCAUGCUGGAUCUCCUCCGUCACCAGUCCAAGAUGACGAGGAGGCGGAGCAGGAAGUCCAUGGUGGGAGGAGGGAGAGGAUGCUUCGGGAUGAAAAUGGACCGCAUCGGCUCCAUCAGCGGGUUGGGCUGCUAGAGACCGUUGCCUUGGUGACCUCAGCCAACCUCUGACCUCCAUGAAGGCCAGACACUUCAGGCUGGAACUCCACUAACAAAGAACUGAAGGAGAAGUACAGGUAGACGUCCUACCGAUGACCUCUGACCCCUGAACCCUGGCUACAUCACAGCCAGCAGAACACUGUGUGUGUGUGUGUACCAGCUACAGUCUUACUGCACAAUGUAAUUAAAUAAAAGAGAA